AUGACAUUUCAGCUGCUUCUGUCAUUUUUUCUUCUAACAUACAACACAGGGUUUAGUGCUGAGAUGUCUGUGUUUGUGCAGACUGGAGAUUCGGUUCAACUGGAUUUACAGAAACAACCACAACCAGAGUUUGAUGAUUUAUACUGGAAAAUGAAUUACACAACAAAUAUAGUUAAAUAUACAAGGGAAAAUAAAAACACAAGGCUUUACUACAACAAGAAUAAAGUGAAUUUCAAUAAUAAAACCUUCUCUCUCACACUGACAAAUAUGCAGAAGAACGAAAGUGGAAUCUACACAGCAAGAGUAAUAACAGCUGUAGACAAAGAUAUUGUGACAUACAGUGUGUCAGUUAUUGAUGCAGUGAAGGCUCCUGUUCUGACUGUAAAGUCAAUCAUGUUCAGCAGUGACUCCUGUACUGUCAACUUCACAUGCAGAGCUCAAGACCUCAUCAUUUACUCUAGCUAUAAGAACAACACAUGCUCUCAAGAGGAAAUGACAUCACAACGUAUCAACACCCUCAUUCUGUCCUGCAGUGAGGAAUUGAUUAUGUGUAACUACAGCAAUCCUUUCAGCUGGAUCGAACACAAAAAAGAGAUUAAACUGCUCUGUGUUGAAAAUAAUGGCACUCAAGAUGUCAGUGAUACAGUCUAUGCUCAAGUUAAGGGUCAAGAAAUGCAGGAUAACAAUGAUGCCCACACAUAUGAUGUUCCAGAACGGCUUCAAACUCAGAGAAAGUUGCAGACACAAGAGAAAAUGGAAGUCAACAACCCCACCACAACUUACUGCACAGUAGGACAACACCAAAAACCUACAAAUCCCAUCGAAACAACAUCAGACCAUACCAUUUACUCAUCAGUGUGCAAACAAACACCAAAGAAACAAACUGCCAUGUCAUCUGAUGAAGCCUAA